AUGGAGGGUCAAGCUACAGUCGUGAAAGACAUUGACGGUGAUUGGUGGAGUGUGUUUGAGGCAUACGAGGAGCUGAGGCAGUUUGGAUACUUGAAGUUCACCAUCGCAGCGUUAUGGUACAAAGACGCAACUGCAAAUGAUUCCAAGAGUCACUUGAAGUUGUUGAAAGGUGACUCAGAGGCAAUUGAGAUGUGUAGCAUAGCAGGGAAGAGGGGCUUCGUUGAUUUGUUUGUGGUGCAUGAGGUUGGGGAUGCCGAGAGGUUUUCGGAGGGGGUUAGUGCCAAAGACAUCCACUUCACUGACAGUGAGGAGGUUUAUGACUAUGAAAGUGGAUUUGGUGAAGAAAAUUCUGUGCCAAAGGACUCUAAUGCGGAGAAGGGUAAAAGGGUUGUGACAAGUGAUUUGGACGAUGAGGAAGCAGCCGACAGUGAUCACUUGGAGCAGGAUCAUAUGAUUGGAGGACAAGACUUGAGGGGUGAUUAUACAGAGGAGGAUGCUUAUUGUGAGGGGCAGAAGUUUCGAGUGUAUAAACCUGAAAAGGACAUGGGAAAGUACAAAUGGAAGGUGGGCACAUUAUAUGAAUCUCGGCAAGAGUUUAAGGACACGGUGGCAGCCUUUGCAGUCCAAACAGCCAGGAAUAUUAAAUUCAAGAAGUGUGACUUGGUGAGGGUCCAAGCUGUAUGUCAGAAAAACUUCCCCUUUUGGUUAUAUGCACACAAGGUUGGUGAGGAAUCCACAUGGAAACUAAGAAGCAUGAAUCUGCAACAUACCUACAUGCAGACACACAGGGUUGGAAUUAUGCACUCCAAAUGGCCGGGCACUCAGUUUAAGAAGAAAGUGGAAUCCGACCGAAGGAUCAAGGUAAAGGAUUUGGUAGCAAAGGCACACAAAAAGUGGAAUCUAACCGUUACUAAGUCAAUGACAGCUAAGACAAAACAAGAAGUUUUGAGCCAGAUCCAGGGAGCAUUCAGGGAGCAGUACAGGAGGAUUAACGAUUACUGUGGAGAGCUUUUAAGAAUAAAUCCAGGAUCAACGAAAAGUUUCCAGCACUGCAGAAGGUUUAUUGGGUUAGACGGAUGCUUCUUGAAAAUCCCCCAAGGAGGACAACUGUUGACUGUAAUUGGAAGAGACCCAAAUGACCACAUUCUUCCAAUUGCGUAUGCAAUUGUGGAGACGGAGACAAAGGAUUCUUGGGUCUGGUUUCUGCGUCAUCUGUCCAAGGAUUUGGGUCCACACAAUAUUGCAAAAUGCACGUUUAUAUCUAAUCAGCAGAAGGGUCUGUUGCCGGCGUUUGAAGAGGUCAUUCCAGAGGUGGACAACAGGUUCUGUGUCAGGCAUCUCUACAACAAUUUCAGGAAGAAAUUUUUGGGCUUGGAGCUGAAGAACAGAAUGUGGAGGUGUGCUAAGGCAAGUCACUGGCAGAGUUGGGAGAAGGAAAUGAAAUCUCUGCGAGGUCUGAAUGAGGGAGCAUUUCGACAUUUGAAUGGCAUUCCACCUAGGUUCUGGUCCAGGUCCAGGUUUACUUUUCUUUCAAAAUGUGACACCCUUGUUAAUAAUAUGAGUGAAAGUUUCAAUGCUGUCAUAGUAGAGGCAAGAGAAAAACCUAUUAUGACCAUGUUAGAGGAUAUUAGGGUGUAUAUGAUGACUAGAUGGGCUGCCAAUAAGGAUAGGGUUCUGAAUUAUCAGGGAAACAUCAUGCCAAUGAUUAGGAAGAAAAUAGAGAAAUGGGCAAGCUUAGCUAGAGAUUGGAGGCCAUAUUGGUCAGGGGCUAGUAAGUAUGAGGUUAUGUGUGGACUGGAUAAAUUUGUUGUGGAUCUGGUUGCUGGUGAGUGUUCUUGCAGGAAGUGA